UAAAAAGCAGCGUAACGCAGUCGCCAUUUUCUCUUUGGUUCACGUUGGGUUAGCGUCCAGAUAAAUUCGUUAAACGUAAAGUAAUUUACGUUUGCGCAUUUAUCAAAAAAUUUGUAGCUAGCUUGAAAAAGUUGCUUUUAAAAAAAAUAAAAAAUGAGUGACAUUGAGGAUGGGAACUUUGGUGGACGUGAGUCCCGCUCUCAGUCCAAAUCUGAUCGCGGCAGCCCGGUUCACGUAAAGUCCGAGAGCAGAUCCGCCUCCCGCAGUCCAUCUCGAGCAUCCAAGCGCUCUGAAUCCAGGUCGCGGUCUCGUUCCAAGUCCAGCUGUAGGUCUCACUCGCGGAGACACUCCAACCGGCGUUACAGCCGCUCACGCUCUCACUCCCACCGCAAGAAGUCCCGCUCGCGCUCUUACAGCCCAGACUACCGGCGCAGGAAGAGCCAGAGCACAUCGCCCAUGUCCAAUAGGCGUCGACACACAGGGAGCAGAACCAGAUUCAGCCAUGACUUCAAAAAAGAAACAUACAGUUAUGGUGAUGCCAGGGCCAACCCGGACCCCAAUACCUGCCUGGGAGUGUUUGGACUGAGCCUCUACACCACAGAGCGUGACCUACGUGAGGUCUUUUCCCGCUAUGGCCCCCUGGCAGGUGUCAAUGUGGUGUAUGAUCAGCGUACUGGCCGCUCAAGAGGGUUUGCCUUUGUCUACUUUGAGACGAUCGAGGAUGCCAAAGAGGCAAUGGAGCGUGCCAACGGAAUGGAGCUGGAUGGGAGGCGCAUCAGAGUGGAUUAUUCAAUCACCAAGCGGCCCCACACCCCAACGCCAGGCAUUUACAUGGGUCGGCCCACACAUAACUGUGGAAGCAGCAGUAGUGGGGCACGUAGGCGAGACUCCUAUUACGACAGAGGCUAUGACAGAUAUGACCGAUACGACGAGUAUGAUUACAGAUACAGUCGUAGGCGAUCUCCAUCUCCCUACUAUAGCCGCUACAGGUCUCGCUCCAGGUCACGCUCUUAUAGCCCCAGACGAUACUAGGAGGCUGAAACCAUAUCGAAGAUUUCUCCUUUUCCAAUAUUUGAUCUUUAUUUCAAUUUGAGGCAUUGUAAUAUUUACUAAAAUGUAAAGUUUGCUAACACACAAGCUCUGUUUCAAAUUUAAUGGGGAAAGUUGUCAGAGGGCCUUGUUUUGUCUUUUUAGAGGUCUUAAUUUCUAGACUUUUGUGUGUGUGACAAGUCCAAGCUGAACAAAAACUUAUUUUUGAAGUUCUGUUAUUGUGGAAGGCAUUUUCACGUGGUAGGACAAGGGUUGUUAGUGAUGCCCCUAAACAUGUUUAGAUGUCAUGACCCAUGGGUUCAUGAUUUAUGAAACAAAAGAAUGUAAACCAUAGUCAGUUUAAGUUUAAAGAUUGCUUUCUAAAUGUUCUUUGGAUAUGUCAAAAUUUUUAUUUUGAUAGGAUGUAUUUC